AUGUGUGGAAUCUUUGGCUACAUUAACUACCUUGUCGAGCGGGACCGUGAGUUCAUUAUCAAUACUCUUCUCAAUGGAUUGUCCCGCCUGGAGUACCGGGGUUACGAUUCGGCCGGUAUGGCCGUGGAUGGUGACAAGAAGAACGAAGUGCAAGCAUUCAAGGAGGUAGGAAAGGUCGCCAAGUUGCGGGAGCUCAUUGCCGAGAGCAAGCCCGACAUGACCAAGACCUUUGAAUCGCACGCCGGUAUUUCUCACACCCGUUGGGCCACCCACGGCACUCCCUCCCGCCAGAACUGCCACCCCCACCGAUCCGAUCAGACUUGGGAAUUCGCCGUGGUUCACAAUGGUAUUAUUACCAAUUACAAGGAAUUAAAGGCUCUGCUGGAGUCCAAGGGCUUCCGCUUUGAGACCGAGACGGAUACCGAAUGUAUCGCCAAGCUUGCCAAAUACCUUUAUGAUCAACACCCCGAUAUCGACUUCACUGUUUUGGCCAAGGCCGUCAUCAAGGAGCUGGAGGGUGCUUUCGGUCUGUUGCUCAAGUCUGUCCACUACCCCCAUGAGGUCAUUGCCGCCCGCAAGGGUUCUCCCUUGGUUAUCGGUGUGAGAACUUCGAAGAAGAUGAAGGUGGACUUUGUCGAUGUGGAAUUCUCGGAAGAGGGUGCUCUUCCUGCGGAGCAGGCCUCCCAGAAUGCCGCAAUCAAGAAGUCCGCCACCAGCCUCCUGGCCCCGCCAGACAAGUCCCUCCUGCACCGCUCCCAAUCGCGGGCCUUCCUUUCCGAUGACGGUAUUCCUCAGCCCGCUGAAUUCUUCCUCUCGUCCGACCCUUCCGCUAUCGUGGAGCACACCAAGAAGGUGCUGUACCUGGAGGAUGAUGACAUUGCCCAUAUUCAUGAGGGCCAACUGAACAUCCACCGUCUGAGCAAGGAUGAUGGCACCUCCAAUGUCCGCGCCAUUCAGACUAUUGAGCUGGAGCUGCAGGAGAUCAUGAAGGGCAAGUUUGACCACUUCAUGCAGAAGGAGAUCUUUGAGCAGCCAGAGUCCGUGGUCAACACCAUGCGUGGCCGCUUGGAUGCCGUCAACAAGAAGGUCACCCUGGGUGGUCUCCGUCAAUACAUUUCCACCAUCCGUCGCUGCCGUCGCCUCAUUUUCAUUGCCUGUGGUACUAGCUACCAUUCGUGUAUGGCCGUGCGUGGAGUUUUUGAGGAACUGACGGAGAUCCCUAUUGCCGUCGAGCUGGCCUCCGACUUCCUUGACCGCCAGGCGCCGGUCUUCCGUGAUGAUACCUGUGUAUUUGUCUCCCAGUCCGGUGAGACCGCAGACUCGCUGAUGGCCCUCCGCUACUGUCUGGAGCGUGGUGCCCUGACUGUGGGUAUUGUGAACGUGGUCGGAUCCUCCAUCUCUCUUCUCACUCACUGUGGUGUUCACAUUAACGCUGGCCCUGAGAUUGGUGUUGCUUCUACCAAGGCCUACACUUCUCAGUUCGUUGCCAUGGUCAUGUUUGCCUUGUCCCUCAGUGAGGACCGUGCCUCAAAGCAAAAGAGACGGGAGGAGAUUGUCGAGGGUCUCGGCAAGGUUUCGGAGCAGUUCCGGGAGAUUCUGAAGCUCAAUGAGCCCAUCAAGGAGAUGUGUGCCAAAUUCUUCAAGGACCAGAAGAGUCUGCUUCUGUUGGGCCGUGGUGCCCAGUUCCCCACUGCCCUCGAGGGUGCGCUCAAGAUCAAGGAGAUUUCUUACCUUCACUGCGAGGCUGUUAUGUCUGGUGAACUGAAGCACGGUGUCUUGGCCUUGGUGGACGAGAACCUGCCUAUCAUUAUGAUCUUGACUCGUGACAACUUGUUCACCAAGUCUCUGAACGCCUAUCAACAGGUCAUUGCCCGCGGUGGCCGCCCCAUUGUGAUUUGCAACCAGGAUGACCCUGAGUUCUCUUCCGCACUGACCGAGAAGAUCGUUGUCCCCAAGACUGUGGAUUGCCUCCAGGGUCUAGUCAACGUGAUUCCUUUGCAGCUGAUCUCGUACUGGUUGGCUGUUGGUGAGGGUUUGAACGUGGACUUCCCUCGCAACCUGGCCAAGUCUGUCACGGUUGAGUAA